AUGUUGUCUCCUUCAUCAUCCAUAUCGCCGGUUGAGAAGACAAGGAAGAUCGUCUUAUUGGGGUCGGCGGGAUCCGGGAAGACGUCGCUGAAAAACAUCGUUUUUUCCGACUACUCACCGGAUAGCUGCGUCGGAAGUCCUCCUACUCAUGACGUCGAUCAGCACCACGUCAAGUGAGUUUUCAGGAUUGUUAUUGCAGAAAGAAAACCAUCCAAAAUUUUACAGAUAUCUCGGAAGUUUGAUGCUCCACAUUUGGGAUUGUGGAGGCCAGACGGGUUACAUGGAGGACCGGCUCAACUCGCAGAGAACCCAUUUUUUCGGUAGAAUUGAUGUAUUGGUCUACGUUUUUGAGGUCGAGUCGGCGGAGUGGGAGAAAGAUUUGUGCAUGUUUCGUAAGUGCGUAGAAGCGCUCUACGAGGAAGCGCCAGAGGCUAAGAUCGUGGUCAUGGUCAACAAAAUGGACCUUGUCGAGGAGACGAUCAGAGACGAGGUGAGGACUGUUCUUGCAUUUUGAAUCAGAGUUUUUCAGACAUUUGAGGAGAAAAGAAAAGCGAUCAACGCCUACGCCGAGAUCAGAACGCGUCGCGGACCGAUUAACGUUGUGUUCGAUGUCAUCGGAACCACCAUUUGGAACUGUUCGGUCUAUAACGCGUGGUCUCGGUGCAUGGAGCUCAUCGUCCCGAAGGCUCCGAGAAUCGAGGAAAUGCUCCGCAAGAUGGGCGAGAUCAUCGAGGCGAGAGAAGUGACUCUCUUCGAAAAGCAGUCUCUUCUUAAAAUUCACCAUAUCGAGAUUGAGCCGCAGCGAGAUGAUUCGAUUCUCGAGAAGACAACGCAAGCGCUCAAGAGUUUCAAGAACGAUCUUCUCAAGUAUUUAUACUUUUUCAACGCCCAUUACGAUUAUUUUUUAGGAAGGCCGCCGGCGAAGCCCACACAAAGCACAUUUUUAUCGGAGAUUCGUCGGUUCAUAUCGCCGACUUUACGGAGAACAUUAUUAUUCUGGUAAGAGUUAUUUUACUGUUUUUCGAAUCCAAAUGUUUCUUGCAGAUCAACCUGAAAAACGAAACUCUGUCCAUUCCCGUUCUCACCUUCAACAUCCAAUACCUCCAGAAAAGAAUAGCUGAUCUGGAUUGCAACGGAUAA